UUUCCUAUUUUUCUUUUUAAAGUUGAUAAGCUUUUUUGUGCUUUGAAUAGACAAAAAUAAGCACUCAUGAUUCACCUUCUUGUGCUCAAGAUAAGCCAAGAGAUAAACAAACGACUUUAAAUUUUGCCGUUGUGGAAUGCUUCAGCACUUUUUGUCUGAUUGAAUAACAGUUUUCAACAUUCUUGUUACUUGUAUGAAAACUUGCAUGAAGGACAUUGGUGAGCUUAAUGAAUGAACAGAACUUGACAGCUUACAGAAAGCAAUAAAAAUCAGCAAAGAAAAAUGAAUUCUUUUCCAGUAGAGGCCAUAAGUGUAACCAAUGAUAAAAAGAGAAUUCAAGCUCUUCAAAGCUCUUUUGAAGAAACAUUUAAAUCCACGCCUUCUUUUUUUGUAAGGAGUCCAGGAAGGGUUAAUCUAAUUGGAGAGCAUAUAGAUUAUAAUGACUUUCAAGUUCUUCCUAUUGCUAUAGAACAAAGUAUAUUAAUAGCUGUUGGUGAUAAUAAGGAAAAGCAAAUUAAUAUUCAAAAUGUCGAUGAAAAGUAUCCUUCCAUCUCAAUUGCCUUUGAUGAAAUUCAGAAAGAAAUGAGUAAGGGCAUGUCAUGGUACAACUACAUCUUUGCAGCAAUUCUUGGCCUCGCUGACAAAUUUCAAAUUGCUCCCAGUUUUAACAUGCUUGUAUCAAGCAACCUGCCGCCUGCUGCUGGUCUUUCCAGUUCAAGUUCAUUGGUUUGUGCCUCUGCAAUGGCUGUUGCUUAUAAGUGUCACCUACAUGAAUUGCAUGGGAUAGGAAAGUUUGAAUUGGCUGAAUUGUGUGCAAAUGCUGAACAAUAUGUUGGUACUCGAGGAGGUGGUAUGGAUCAAGCAAUUAUUUUCCUUGCAGAUAAAGGUUAUGCCAAAAAAAUCUCCUUCAAGCCUCUUCGCUCUGUAAAUAUUCACUUGCCAGAAGAUUUGCAGUUCAUUGUUGUGAAUUCUGGUGUGAAAAAAGAAAAAGCUUUAUCGAGUGACUUCAAUAAACGAGUCGCUGAAUGUAUACUAGCUGGCAAGGUUUUAGCCAAGCACUUAGAUCUAGACUGGAAAACUGUGAAUACAUUAGGUGAGCUGGUAGCUCAAUCAGAAAAAUCCCCUAGUGAAAUUCUUGGUAUAUUGGAUGAAAUUUUGAACAGUGCACCUUACAGUACAACAAGCAUUUGCGAAGAGCUGAUGAUAAAUUUAGACCAAUUAAAAGAAAUUCUGCAUCGUUUCCACUUUCCAAAUUUGGAGACUGAACAUUUUGAACUUCUUCCUCGUGCCAGGCAUGUUUAUACAGAGGCUGGCAACGUUGAGCAGUUUAUCGAAGCAUGUGAGAAAGAAGAUCUAGUUUCGAUUGGAGGUGCUAUGAAUUCUAGUCAUCAGAGUCUACGGUACAAUUAUGAUUGCUCCCAUGAAAAGUUGGACAUUCUAGUUGACCAUGCAGUGAAAUAUGGAGCUCUUGGAGCACGAUUAACUGGUGCAGGAUGGGGUGGUGCAAUGAUUGCAGCUGUAACUAAGGAGCAUGCUCAAGAAUUACUACAGCAUUUAAAGGAAUAUGGAAUGGCCAAUGGGCUUUCUGAUAGCGACAUAUUUUUAACAAAACCAUCAGGUGGAGCUGUUGUUAUUGAAAAUGUUACUAAUAGUUAGUCAGUUGUUAGUGGAUAGUAAUUACCUCAAUUUAAAUAUAUUUUUUGUUAUAACUACGGUCUUUGAAAUAUUUUUGAUUAUAUGAUGUUUGCCAUUUUAUGUUAUUUAUACAUUUUUAAUAUCCGUGUUCCCUUCUUUCAGUCAUGUUGGUCUUUUUUUAUCUCUUACUAAGAAAAUUUUAAUUUCGGACUAUAUGGAAAAAAAUAUUUUUGUAAUCUUAAAAAUCUUUUAAAAUGCAUGGAUACGAUUUUAAAAUUGUAGCAUGUUAACUUGCUAUAUACCAUAGAGUUAAUUUUUUUUAUAUUUUAUUUAAAAAUUGUGACUAUGUACAACAUUAUGGUUCUCUAAUAUGCUCUUUUGAUUUUGUUUAGUUGUUUUUCUUUUGAUUGUAAUAAUGGGGACUAGUACUUACUUGUUUUUGGUUACAUUUUUUUGAAUUUAAUGUUAUAUGAUAUUUAAACUUGAUAAUGUUUGUUAUUCUAUGUCAUUUAGAUAUUCAUUGCACACUUUUUUGUUAACUUUGUUUUCUAUCACAAAUGCUAGUCAAACCAGAGCUUAAAGAGAAAAUUUUCUUCUCUUUACAUAAUUUUUUUAAAAAUUAAUUAUAGAUCCUUUUAAAAUGUAUGUAUAUGUUUUUAAAAUUUUUUAGUCAAUGAAAAUGCACUAUUUUCAGGUUGGCUUCAAAACAGGGUAAUGAGAGCUACUGAUAUAAGUCUAAGAAUUUUAUCAACUUAGAAAAAUGAAUGAAUUUAACUAAAAUUCCAGGGUUAAUGUAUAAAUUUACAUUGUAAGGUACCUGAUAUUUUUCCCAAAUAAGUUAUAUUUGCAAUAAUUUUUAUUUGUUUGUUUAUGAAUUUUUAAAUAGCUAGUUUAAACUCUAAGAGAAGAAAAACUGUUUUGUAGUUUAUAUUAUAUCGAUGCCACUGUUUAUACCACUUCGCCAUUUUACAUUUAUGCCACUGUUUGCAAAAAUCAGGGAAAUUCGAUAAAAUUAGAAAAAAGUCUUGGAAUUUCUUCCUGAGUGCUUAUGGCCACCCUGCGUUUCCAUAAAUUUAAUGAAUUUGUAUUUUCUAAAUAGCAAUAACUUUAAAAAUAUCUAUUAUUUUAUUAACUAUAUUAUUUUAAGCUCUACUUGAAUGCUACUUCUUUGUAUUCAUAUUUUUCACCUCUGAUACCGGGGGAAAGUAAAUGCUCUUUUAAUAAAGUUAACACAAGGAAGUUGCUUUCUUUAUUAAAAUUAAUUUUAUCGUGUCCUAAUUAGUUCCUAUUCAUGAUUUUUUCUCCAUUGUUUAAUGGUGAUUCAUAAUUUCUGCAUUCCAUUUUGCAUGUUACUUAAUAUGAAACAAUUUUUAUGAUAUUUUGCGUUUUAAAUUUACUAUAAACAUUGAUAUGCCAUUUCAUUUUGUGCUAGUGAUUAAUAUGAGAUUAUAUAAUAUGAAUUUUUAUAAAAUAAAUAGUUUAUUUAUUGUCA